GGGCACGGCCUCCCCCCCCCCCGCCGCGCCGAGUGGGAGCGCCCGCGGCCGCGGCAGCCGCGGCGCCUCGGGAGAGACCAUGUCGUGAGCGGGGGGGGAGCGGGGGGAGGGGGGGGGGGCGGCGCGGGGCGCAGGCGGCUCUCAGCGCUGCGAGCGUGUUCCUGAGGGACUGAGGGACGGAUCCAGCCGGAGAGCCGGGCUUUGUGCUGUGCCUGAACAGUCUCUGCUCACCAGCUGCUGCUGUGUCACAAGUGGUGGGGAUGCCAUGUGAGUCCAGGGCAUUGAUACCUUUGUUGAUGCAAAAAUUGAAAGGAAUACUUACCUGCUUAGUCUCAUCCUUCGUAUUUGGCAAUCUGAGGAAAAGGUCUGAGCCAGCAUGAAGACAGAAUCCCCUCUUCAUUAGAGAAAAACUUUCUGCCCGACGCAGCUCAUUUCAAGGAGUGCACGAUGACAGAGCGUGGAAUUAAAUGGGCUUGUGAGUAUUGUACAUAUGAAAACUGGCCCUCUGCAAUCAAAUGCACCAUGUGUCGUGCUCAGAGGCCCAGUGGAACAAUUAUCACAGAAGAUCCGUUCAAAAGUGGUUCCAGUGACAUCGGCAGAGACUGGGAUCCCACGAGCACCGAAGGGGGGAGCAGCCCUUUGAUAUGUCCGGAUUCUAGUGCAAGACCAAGGGUUAAAUCAUCCUACAGCAUGGAAAGCGCAAAUAAAUGGUCGUGCCACAUGUGCACGUACUUGAACUGGCCCAGGGCCAUCAGAUGCACUCAGUGCUUGUCUCAGCGUAGGACCAGGAGUCCCACGGAGUCCCCUCAGUCGUCGGGGUCUGGGUCCCGGCCGGUCCCCUUUGCCGUUGAUCCGUGCGAGGAAUACAAUGACAGAAACAAACUGAACACGAGGGCUCAGCACUGGACUUGUUCUGUCUGUACGUACGAAAACUGGGCGAAGGCCAGGAAAUGUGUUGUGUGUGACCACCCCAGGCCCAACAACAUCGAAGCAAUAGAACUGGCAGACACAGAAGAGGCUUCUUCCAUCAUAAACGAGCAGGACAGGGCUCGGUGGAGGGGGAGCUGUAGUAGUGGAAAUAGCCAAAGAAGAUCUCCACCCACAACCAAACGUGAAUCCGACGUGAAAAUGGACUUCCAAAGAAUCGAAUUGGCUGGAGCUGUUGGCAGCAAGGAGGAGCUUGAAGUUGACUUCAAAAAACUAAAGCAAAUAAAAAAUAGAAUGAAAAAGACUGACUGGCUGUUCCUAAAUGCGUGUGUCGGAGUUGUGGAAGGUGAUUUAGCAGCUGUGGAAGCCUACAAGUCCUCAGGGGGGGAUAUUGCCCGGCAGCUCUCGGCGGAUGAGGUGCGGCUGCUGAACCGCCCGUCUGCCUUCGACGUGGGAUACACGCUGGUCCACCUGGCCAUCCGCUUCCAGAGGCAGGACAUGCUGGCCAUCCUCCUCACAGAGGUAUCCCAACAUGCAGCCAAGUGCAUUCCUGCCAUGGUGUGCCCAGAGGUCACGGAACAAAUCCGCCGUGAAAUUGCUGCAUCUCUUCACCAGCGAAAGGGAGACUUUGCUUGCUAUUUCCUGACUGACCUCGUGACGUUUACGUUACCUGCAGAUAUUGAAGACUUACCACCCACAGUCCAGGAGAAGUUAUUUGAUGAAGUACUUGACAGAGAUGUUCAGAAAGAGCUGGAAGAGGAGUCUCCCAUCAUCAACUGGUCCCUGGAGCUGGGCACGCGCUUGGACAGCCGGUUAUACGCACUUUGGAAUCGCACUGCCGGGGAUUGCCUGCUCGACUCGGUGCUCCAGGCCACCUGGGGCAUCUAUGACAAGGACUCUGUGCUGCGCAAGGCUCUGCACGACAGUUUGCACGACUGCUCCCACUGGUUCUACACACGCUGGAAAGAGUGGGAAUCGUGGUAUUCCCAAAGCUUCGGUUUACAUUUCUCCUUGCGGGAGGAGCAGUGGCAGGAGGAUUGGGCAUUCAUACUCUCCCUUGCCAGCCAGCCUGGAGCAAGUUUGGAGCAGACACACAUUUUUGUACUUGCACAUAUUCUUAGAAGACCAAUUAUAGUUUAUGGAGUAAAAUAUUACAAGAGUUUUCGAGGAGAAACAUUAGGAUAUACCCGCUUUCAAGGUGUGUAUUUGCCUUUGUUAUGGGAACAGAGUUUUUGUUGGAAAAGUCCUAUAGCUCUGGGCUACACGAGGGGCCAUUUCUCCGCCCUGGUUGCCAUGGAGAACGAUGGCUAUGGCAAUCGAGGGGCUGGUGCUAACUUGAACACUGACGAUGAUGUUACUGUUACUUUUCUACCCUUGGUGGACAGCGAGAGGAAACUAUUGCACAUUCACUUCCUUUCUGCUCAAGAGAUUGGCAACGAGGAGCAGCAGGAGAAGCUGCUCCGGGAGUGGCUGGACUGCUGCGUGACGGAAGGGGGGGUCCUGGUGGCCAUGCAGAAAAGCUCCCGCCGGCGCAACCACCCGCUGGUCACGCAGAUGGUGGAGAAGUGGCUCGACCGCUACCGGCAGAUCCGGCCCUGCACGUCCCUGUCGGACGGCGAGGAAGACGAGGAUGACGACGAUGAAUGAUGGUGAUGAAUAAAGUGAAAGUAGAGCCGCGCAGAGUGUCUGACCCGCAGUUGUGCUGUGGCAGUGGGGUGCGGAACCACCCAGGUCUGGGGGAUACAUGCUGGGGAAGGAUUCUCCGACAGCACGGAGAGAGGAUAGAAGCUCAUCCUGCUGCCUGGAGAGAGCGAAAUGGGCUGGACUCCAGUUUGUAUAAAAACACGAAAAAGAAACAAAAAACAGCUAAUUUUAUUAUCAAGACGGAAAAAAACAAAACCAACCCCAUUUUUCUUUCUGACUGACUGUAAAUCUGUCUAUAAAUGUACCGCAUGUGGUUGUGUAAGAGGUUGUGUAAUAGGAAACGUAUACCAGCAUCUUAAUUAUUGCAGAGAAAUUUUUCAACUAAGGGCACUUCUGAAAGCACAUGUUAGCUGGAUGUCUCCUCCCUCCGAGAUUCUUUUACAGUAGGACUUGGUCUUCUCCAUCACCUUUUAGAUACUCUGACACAUUUCCCUGAAAGGCCCUUUUCUGUGAAAUCUCACUAGUGCCCAGGUCAGAUUGUGAGAAGGUGGUUUUUUUUGUUUUGUUUUGUUUUUGUUUGUUUGUUUUUUUUUUUGUUUGCACAAAAUACCCAGAGCAAGUCAUAAACAAAAGUACAUUAUUUUACUAAUAUUUUAGUUAUUGCUGUGCCCAUAUAAUAAAGUCUAAACUCUACGGAACAAACUGGAAGAGAAGCUAAAUUUUUCAUUGAGUGAAAUGAUUUGUUUCCUGAAAAAGCUUUUUGGUUUUCUUUUUUCCUUUUUUUUUUUUUUUGCAUUUUUUUUUUUUUUAUUUCUAAUAGUUAAUAGAUUCCUUUCAGUGUAGGUAAGAAUAUUUAUUCAGAGAAGUGACCUAAAAGGUAGGGAUUUUAUUCCAGUGAGCAUACACUAAACAAAAACUGUGUGAAAUCUGAGAACUCAAACACAGUUGAGAAUUUCCUCGUCAGAACCCCCAUCUUGCUGUGAUACAAGUUAUAUAUAUACCAUUUUAUCAUUUAUUCUUUGAUCACUCAAACAUUGCUGCAAAUGAAAAAACACCUUUUUAAAGGGUUCCUCCUUGAUCACUAAAUCUAGUGAGAAUCCACUUGGCAGUUCUAAUUAAAAAGAAGAAUCUAUGCUCAAAUUGUUUAAAAGUACUGUUAUAUAUUUCUCAGUAUGUAAACCUGGGAAUUUCUUGCAUGUUGAUUGAUGUGGCCAUACUUAAACUUAUGUAAGUUCCUAAGAUUGUAAGUUCAGAGUAUAUUCUCCAGUAGAAAUUUUAUUAUAUUUGAUAACUUUAGCCAUGUAACCUGUAAUGGAUAAAGUUUAUCUAAAAAUCUCACUGAAACACUAAAGGUUAAUGCCAGUUUCUACAUAUACAGUGCAAUUCAGGUUGUCUUGAAAAGCACUUUUGAUGGUGUGGUGGUUGAGUAAGAAAUUUUGCAGUAGAUGAAAUUGUUUUAAUUAGAAUUUGGAAAGAAGCCCCAUAGCACAUAUUUUUAUGUAUUUCAGAGCUAUGGAAACCCUGAGGAACUUGCUGCUUUUUCUUCCAAAUGCUGCUUAGAUGGUGUUGAAACGUGCACAACUCCUACAGAAACUUGGUGACGACACCGAAAGUAUAGAAAUAAUGAAGUACUGUAUUAACUUAGCAAUUAUCCCGUCCCAGAUUCCACUGAGGUUUAUUAUGUCUUCACCUUUUUUUUGGCCAUUAGGUCUCUGGUUGGUGCAUGCCCAAAUUUCCAGGUGAAGGGAUGCUUCUCUGCCAUGUCCGUGUGGGUGACCUGAACUCACAUGGCAAACUGAUGAUACUACAGAGGUUCUUCACGAGCAUAUGGUUCAAGUUUCCUUUCUAAAUGGGGAUUUUUUGGGUCCUUCUUCUUACCUUGCAGUGAAAUCCUUUUAUACCUUGUCUAGCUGAGGACAUAAAGCUUUUGUGUCAGGGGAGCUGAAUGCAGGGCAAGCUGGGAUGAGGAUUUCCGUGCCCUGAGCUGGUCUGCAUCCUGUGGUGACAUGGUUUGUGUCGUGGUGUGGCCAUGGAUGUCCUAAUUCAGGACUGAGCAUGCCAGCUUUAGAAGACCAGUUCCUGUAAAUUCAGAUCCCAGCCUGCCCAGAACCAGCUGCCCUGUGCAUAUAAUGGACACAAGGAUAAGCUCCUGACUCUGUAGGCUGCUCUGAGGAUGCUGUGCUGUUUUCACCUCCCCCUCCCUUGCUUUUGACAGUGCUGUUCCAUUUAGGGAAGUGGAGCUUCCUUGCCACAGGGGGAGAAUAACCAAUGCGAAAAUCUACCUUGAGCCAAACUGGCCGAGCACUCCUGCCCUCCUCUCCUGUUGCUGUCCAUGGGCUGUGGCCUGAUGAUCCCUGUGCCCCAGCACUUCCCCACAUCCAGUGGAAUUCCCUGUUCAGUCAGUUCAGCUGUUCCUCAAACGCAUGCACCGAUAUUUAUCAAGUCCUGGCCUGAGAGGACAGUCCUGGUACUUUGAAGCCCUUGGCUUCCUUGAUCAUUAUUGUUUGUUCUGAUGUGCUGUACAAUGGUAUGUUCAGAUUCACGUGCUUCACAGGCCGUUUGGGAACUGGUGAAGUGUCUUUUUUUUUUUUUUCCAGAAUCAAAGUAACCCAAACCUCAUGUACCUGUAGAUUAAAAGAGCUGCAACCCCCUG